AUGUCGAAAUCUAAAGAAGGUUGGUUAAAAAUUAAACUACAUAAUCAAAUCAAAUGGCAUCGUCGAUAUUGUAUUAUUGAUUGGGAUAAAGCAAUUUUAUUUACUGCAUCAAGAGCUGAUACACGUUAUAGAGAUUGGAUUAGACUUUCGCCAAAUAUUAUUAUUAAUGAUUGUGAUAGUUCCUCAAUUAAUAAUGAUAUAAAUAAUAAUAAUUUAUCAAUUAGUAUUACUGAAACAAUUACUAAUAAUGUAACAGCUACACAUUUAUUACAAACAGAAACAAAAAAUGAUUAUGAUAGUUGGCUAUUAGCAUUGAAACAAAGAGCAUAUAGUCAAAUUGGUGGUGGUAUAUUUGGACAAUCAUUAGAGAAUACUUAUAAAUUUGCCCCAGAUAAAUCUUCUCUUGUACCUUUAAUUGUCCGACAAUGUUGUGAAUAUUUACUUGAACAUGGUUCAACAUUUGUUGGUUUAUUUCGUGUUCCCGGUAAACAAUCUGCAAUAAAAGAAUUACGUGAUAUGUAUGAUCGUGGUUUAUCUAUUGAAUUAAAGCAAUGUUAUUCACCUGCAACAAUAUCAUCUCUAUUAAAAAUCUAUUUACAAUCUUUACCUGAAUCAAUAAUUCCAACAAAAUGCUUUGAUGAUUUUCUUGAAAUAGGUUCACGUUUUAAAUAUAAUCAAACAAAUGAUUUAAAUCGUUUAAAACAAUUAAUUGAAACAAAUCUUUCAAAUAUAAACUAUGCUACUUUAGCAUAUUUAUGUUUAUUUUUAAAAAAAUUAACUGAUCAUGUUGAAAUAACGAAAAUGGAUACAGAUAAUUUAGCUGUUGUUUUUGGAAAUAAUCUUAUUCGACCAAUAGAAGAUCUUGAUCUUAAUAUGAUUAAAGGACAUAAUUAUAAUUUACUUCCUUUAAUUAAAGUAUUAAUUGAUCAUAGUGAAUAUCUUUUUUCGGUAAAUCAAUCAAAUGAUACAACAUAUGAACAAAAAACUGAAUCGGUAACAAAAUCAAGUGGAUUUUCAUCAUUUUCAUCAUUAUUAUCAGCAAAUGAUCAUCAUGUAACAGCCAAUUCUCGUUCAUCAUCAAUGCCAUCAAUACUUAUGGAAACAUUUUCAUCUUAUGAUAGUAGAAAUUCGAGUCUUGAAAAUUCAACUGAUAUGAAUAAUGUUAAACAAAGAAAAAUCUCAUUUACUGAAAAACCAACUGAUUAUGCAACAGAUCAUUUCAAUAAAAGACGAACAUAUUUAGAUACAAAUCAAAAUCAAAUAAAUAUUCGACCAAAAAGAUAUGGAAGUAUUGAUUUGUUAGAUAUAAAAAAAGAUGAACAUAAUGUUAAACAUAAUCAAAGAUCAUUGGAUGAUAUUAUCGUUGAACAAAGACAAAAAACAGAUAAUACAUCUCGUCCAAUAUCAAUAAUUGAUCCGCCAAUGACAAUCCGUAAAAUGGAAAAAAUGCCCGUCAAAAGAGGUUUAGCCAAUAAAUUUGGUAAAUCAUUUUUUAGUUUUAAAUCAACAAUGUCAAAAGCGUUACAAUCAUCGCAUACAUCAUCAUCGAAUGAAAAUGAAUCUCAAACAAUUGAUUCACCAUCAUCGACUUCUCAAUCCGAAUCGAAAACAUUCGAUUAUCAAUUAUCAAAUAAUUCUUCUUUAAAACAAUUACAAAAUGAUGUUGAUAUAUUAAAAGAAUUAUUAGAACAAAAAGAAUUAACAAUUAUUGAAUUACGAAAAAAUUCCUAUGAAGAACGUUUACAAUUUGAUCAUGAAAAACUUGAAUUAAAUCAAAAAAUUGAACAAUUACAAAAUCAAAAUAUACAACUACAAAAGCAAUUGAAUAUGCAAUAA